ACACACACACACACACACACACACACACACAUUCUCCUUCACACACUCUAUCAUUCUCUUGCUCUUGAUCUGUCAGUGGUUCUUUCUCUCCUUCCCUUUCAAGCUCUCCCAUUCCCUCUCUCCGUUUUACUCUGACUACUGCAGUAGUCCACCAGCCAGCCGCAAGUCUGACAGCCAUACACAUGGCCAACUGCCACAACUUACUACCUCAACCCUGGAGGAAACAUUAACAAAUACGUGAGCAGAGGAACACCGCGGGAGAACGCCUGGAGGACAGACAACGAGCGGAGAAAAGAAUCUUCAACACGUUUUCUUCUUUAUGGAUACGAAUACAAAACCCCACUUCUACAGUCGGCGUCAUCCUCUUCUCCCGUUGCAGAAAAGGGCAGGAGUGAUCUCUCCCUCCUCGUCAGCUUUUGCGAAGCUCCGACAGUGCAGCGCAUCCCCUUCUCUCUCCUCUCUCAAGCACACACACACACACACACACACACACACACACACACACACACACACACACACACACACACACACACACACACACACAGCGCCACCAUCUCUCCCACCAACCUCAACCCCCCUCCCCCCUAAGAGGAAUAGAUGGAUUACUGCUAACUGUGCACACGGCAGCAUGCAGCUGCUCUGACCAGGGCCAGCUCAACGUUUGGAGGAAGCAAGAGGAACACAGAGGAUGAGAGAAGAGGGGGAUGCUUGUGCCGGGAGUUCUUUAGCCUUUUUUUUUCUUUUUUGUCUCUCAGCCUCUGUCACAACAGGGCUAAUCAGCGACCGACAAGCCCUUGGCAAAGUCACAGUAAGGGAGGUCUCUCACCCAAACAGGCGACCAGCCGACGAGCCAACACAUGGACCAGGAGCUGAGAGAACAGUGGAUUUUUUCUUUAAUUCCAGUUAGUCACACCUCUUUUUUUCCCUCCUCUGUUGCAAUUAACUGCGUAUUGGAUCGUUGUGAUUUAUCCACAGAGGAGCCGCAUCUAGGAAUCUGCAACUUGGCAGGGGGGAGUUAGUGAGGGAAGACAGGCUCCAGGCACCUGCCGAGACUUCCCGGCCUUACCUAUGGCUCUGAGUGCUUCUUUUAAUGCUGUUCUGAGUCCUAAAAAUCAGGAGCCAUUUUGUACCCCUGUCUAAUAAAAGGGACACAUCAUUUUUUCAAAAGAAGAGAAAAGAAAAAAAAAAGAUCUUUUGUCAUUCCAUGGGAAGGAAUUAUAAAUGAACGUGUGGCAGAACGACUGCUUUUAACUUCUGAAAAAAGACGAGAACAUUUUCAAACUAAUGAGAAUCUUCCUGCACCGUCGAUGGAACUUGGGAGCCUUGAGUUGCUCCAGCCAGGAUAGGGUGGUCUGUCCUUUGGUGUGUCCCGUCUCCCCCCACCAUGCAGAAUAAUGAGCCCUCCACACCAUGAGUCCAUUGGGCCAGGUUAGUGUGCAGCCUACCUGGAACACCAUCCUGCUCGCCGUGCUCUCCCUCAUGGUGCCUGCUCUCAGUAUGUGCCAGUUCACAGGCCCUGAGUUGGGCUCUGUUAACACGCAGAACUGUCCAGGUGUGUGCUCCUGUACUAACCAGCUCAGCAAGGUGGUGUGUACUCGUCGAGGCCUGAUCAGGGUUCCUCCAAACAUCCCAGCCAAUACCAGGUACCUGAACCUAAUGGAAAACAGCAUAGAGACCAUACAGGCAGACACUUUCAGGAACCUGCAUCAUCUGGAGGUGCUGCAGUUGGGCAGGAAUGCUAUCAGGCAGGUCGAAGUGGGGGCAUUCAAUGGCCUAACUAGUCUCAACACCUUGGAACUGUUCGACAACCGACUGACAGUCAUACCCAGUGGGGCUUUCGACUAUCUUUCAAAGUUAAGAGAACUGUGGCUUAGAAACAAUCCAAUUGAGAGCAUACCCUCUUAUGCCUUUAAUCGUGUCCCCUCACUCAUGAGACUGGACCUGGGUGAACUAAGGAAGUUGGAGUACAUCUCAGAUGGGGCGUUUGAGGGCCUUCAUAACCUCAAGUACCUGAAUUUGGGAAUGUGCCGUCUUAGGGAGUUUCCAAAUUUGUCUCCUCUUGUGGGAUUAGAGGAGUUGGAGAUAUCAGAGAAUGUUUUCCCAGAACUAAAGCCUGGAGCCUUCCGUGGGCUUCAGAAUUUACAUAAACUUUGGAUUAUGAACUCUGCCAUCACAACCAUUGAGAGGAAUGCAUUUGAUGACAUCACAGCUUUGGUAGAGCUCAAUCUUGCCCAUAAUAAUUUAUCAUCACUUCCCCAUAACCUCUUUACUCCUCUUCAGUACCUGGUGGAGCUUCAUUUACACCACAACCCUUGGCGUUGUGAUUGUGAUGUGGUUUGGCUCUCUUGGUGGCUCCGAGAAUACAUUCCCACAAACUCCACCUGCUGUGGACGCUGCCACACCCCAGUCCACAUGAGAGGACGAUACCUGGUGGAAGUUGAUCAGACAACAUUUCAGUGUUCGGCACCAGUGAUACAUGACGCUCCAAGAGAUCUGAACAUUUCAGCUGCAAGAGUUGCAGAGUUGAAGUGUCGAACAGCUACCAUGAGCUCAGUCCGAUGGCUUCUCCCGAAUGGGACCGUGUUAACCCAUGGCUCGGCUCAUCCGAGGAUAUCUGUUCUGAAUGAUGGAACGCUCAACUUCUCUAAUGUUCUACUGUCAGACACAGGGGUCUACACAUGCAUGGUGAGCAACAUGGCAGGGAACUCCAAUGCCUCCGCCUACCUAAAUGUCAGCAAUGCUGAACUGAACAUAUCUGAGACCUACUUUACCACUGUGACAGUGGAAGUGUUGGAGCCCACAGUGGAGGAGACUCCAAAACCCAAACCCACUGCCCCUGCCUCACCCUCAGUCUUUCAGCCUGUAUUUAUCUCCACACCAACUGUGCUUUUCCAAAAUACUCAGACUCCAAGGCAGGUGUCAGUUCCCACUGCCAGAGUCCCUAGUGGGCCAGCUGCCAGCCUGGAUGAGGUGAUGAAAACCACAAAAAUCAUAAUUGGCUGUUUUGUAGCUGUUACCUUGCUGGCAGCUGCCAUGUUGAUAGCAUUCUAUAAACUGCGGAAGAGGCAUCAACAGAGGAGUACAGUGGCAGCAGCCAGGACCAUAGAAAUUAUACAGAUGGAGGAACAGGCCCCCCCUGUUCCACCACCAACAUCUGGAUCUAGUGGCUCUGAUGACACAGGCCUGGUACUGCCAACAUUAGUGGAACACAACAGCAACACAUUUAAACCUGGGUAUGUGUCAUCGUCCGCCUCAUCUAGACAAGGGAGCUACGGGGCCCACUGGACUCAGAACAACUCUCUUCACCGCUCUGUCAGACACCACCACAGCCACAUCAGCACCAUUGCUGAUCCCUAUCUCAUUAAGACUACUCACGGCAAGGAAAAGGUUCAGGAGACCCAAAUCUGAGCUCCCUGUGGAUCCAUUUCAGACUCUGCUCAAAGUUAUCUUCUCUUACUUGCUCACCAGGCCAUGCAAUAGAAUGCACAAAGAGCAGAACUGUAACUUUAUUUUGUACAAAAGUGUCCAAAACAUCUUUUUUUUCCCUGUACAUGCCUAUACAUAAGUAUAUAAAUAUGGAAAAAAGAUCUAACUAUAUAUAAAUGAACCUAAAGUCAGACACUGAGUAAAACAGAUUAUAUUAAAGAUGACAUUACUUUGAAACUAUUUUCUAACAUUGGAAGACUUCUAUUUAAAAGAAUAAAACAAUAAAGGUUUUUUGAAUGAAAAUAGAUGGUGUCACUGUGUAAUGUGAGAAAAGAGGCAUUUAAUUUGUUUUUGACAAAUAUUUGGGACGCUGUCAUAAAAAACAAAAAAAAAACUUUAUGUAGGCACCAGUUUCAAAACUCAAUCCACAUAUGAGCUCCUGUUUGUACUUCACCAAAAUCAUAUGCAAUAAAAUGGUAUUCCAGAUUAGGAAAUCUAAAAAAACACAAGUUAAAUUAAGACUGAUACUAACGUCCAAUAGAAGCAAAAUGGCACAGAUAGAUUAUGCUGUUCAGUAGCUAUCAGCCAAAUGCUUUUGGACUGCAGUGAAGAUCUGCAGCUAAGGUUUAACCCUGUGUUUGCUGAAGCUAAGUUGUGUUUCUUUGACAGUGCCAGUGCUUCAUUUGUAGCGUGUCUAUGCGUGUUCAUUUAAUGUGCACAAGACUCCCCUCUGGCUCAUCAGACAAAAGGUGAAAUGCAGUCAAAUAACAGUUGUUGCAAAGUGUUUUCCUGUUAUUGGUUGCAUUUUGUAUCUUUAAUUUUCCUCCUUGGAUUUUGACAUGCUUCUUAAUGGCUUGUGUAGUGUUUAGGGCUAAUUUAGUAAUGCAUUUACUGCAGUUGCCUGACUCGUCUGCAAGGGCUCAUUCUUCACACUUGCAAAUUUUUCAAAGUACCAGACAUGUGUUACAGUACUACAGAGCUUUGCUGACCAUUCUGCUUUUGGAGAAAAACACAGAGGACUGAAAUGAAACAAAUGAAUGUCUGACACCGGGGCUUUUCCGUGGACACUGGAACAUUAUUUUGUGUCGUUUUGAUUUCUGUUCUCUUUGAACAUUUUAUUUUUAGCAACACCAUUUUUACGGAAGGACAAAUGAGGCUAUGAAAAAAAAAUAAUAAAAAAACAACUUUGGUUUGUAUUUCUCUAAUCGGAGAGACUUUGCUCUGAUGUGCUUUCCUUACUCAGAUUUUAUGUGUGUAAGCUUUUUAGUCAUAAAGGCUGGAGGCAGUGAUCUAAGUGGUAUCACACCCCAAACCCCUAUCUUACGGUCCUAUGCAUUUACUUAGUGUCUGCAUGAAUGGGUCUUUAAGUAAUUGGUGUACAAUGCUGCAUUAUACCCCACAGUAGGGCUCUAUGCAGGUCAGAUAGGCUGCAGGUCUCUGAUGCCUCAGCUUAGUUCCUAACAUUGAUUUCUCAGUGACUGUAAAGGAGAAAAAUACAAGUAUCACACAGCUCUACACAGUUUGUGGGUUUCUUUUCCUUACAUGCACAUUUUCAGAUUCCAGUCAUUUUCUGAAUCUGACAUUCAUUGAAUAUUGUUUUUUAACUUUGUAAACAAAUGACACAAAACCUUAACUGACAGAAGGCAAAAUCUAAUGGUCCUCCAUUACACACACACACACACACACACACACACACACACACACACACAUAUAUAUACAUGUGUGUGUGUGUGUGUGUGUGUGUGUGUGCGUGUGUGUGUGUGUGUGUGUGUGUGUGUGUGUGUGUGUGUGUGUGUGUGUGUGUGUGUGUGUGUGUAGGUGAGUGUUAAAUGUGUUGUGUGAAUUUCUGAGAAACGACCUUUAGGUCAAGUACAAGGUCACAACGAAGCAAAACUGGCGUGAUGUGUGAUCAAUGCAUUAUGUGUAAUUUAAGAAAAAUAAGAACCUAUGAUGCUCCUGUUCUGAGAUGCAGAAUGUUGCUGGUGCAGAGGUGGUCUGAAAACAGAAGGAUUGCUCAACAAUAUUAAUGAUAUGACACACCUCACUUCUGAUUGGCUAACAAAACGUAUUCAGCCAUGUUGUAAACUCAGUAUCACAAAGGUAUUCUCUGCUGUCUCUCCUCACUGCAAGGAAAAAAAACUCAUAUAAGCCUUCUUGUGGGUGAAUGCGAGCUAAGAUGGGCGAGGCCAUACAUGCAAAUUCACAGUGUGACAUACAUAUGAGAGGAUUUUCAAAUCCUAGCAUUUCAUCAUCUAUUUUCUAUCAGAAGCUAAUACAGAAGAUAUGUGUAGAAGACUUUUUUCAUGUUCAACCUGCAUGAAUAACUCACAGUGACUGAUAAUAAUCAGAAAUAAUCAUUAAAAAUAACUUUAAGAAAAAAAAAUGUGCAUAAGAGCUAAAAUCUAUUAAAUGUGAAUAUGCCAGCUUGAACGGAUGUGAUUUGAGCUGUGCCUAAAAUAGAUUAAAAAUUCAAGUGCAUUUUUUAUUUCACUUCUCUCUGCUUAAUUAAAGACAUUACUGUUCACCCUUACCCCUUUAACAUGGAGAGCUCUUUGUCUCUUAUCUUCCUGCAAUUUGAGUGCUUAUUUUUUUUUCACCUAUAGCAUAUAGUGAAAGCAGCUCGGAGCAUCACAUGCUGCAUGCUUCAAAGUUAUGCUUUAAAUGAAAUUCAUAAAUACAAUUUCAAAUCAUUUGGUCUUUUAAUAAAAGCCAAUUGCUUAAUGUGAUUUGCUGUAAAUGUUCUUUGCCAAACAUUUUUCUGAUAAAGAUGGCUCCCAGUCUGAAACUCUUGUUUAAAAAGGAGUUUCAAAAAUAGACUGCUUAUAGGAAUAAUGAACUGAAUGAUUUCAACUGUCUACCUGCUCUGCAACCCUUUUACUAAACUCACAAUACAAAAUAAUAAUAAUAAAAAAAUUAGGAGCAUCAUGUGAAAAAACUCCAAUAUCCAAUUAAUUUUUUUAAUUUAAUAUCUCAAAAACAUAAAAAAUAAGCGUCUUCUACUGCCUUAAAAAAAACCAUAAAACAUAUAAUUAGUACCUGUUCAAUUCUUCAAACCAUGAAAAUGUAAUCAAUGACAAAGAUUUCUUUAAGAAAAAAUAAAACAUUGUGAAGGAGUUUGAAGUUUUUUGAGCUCUAAAGGAGAAGAGGUUCUGGUAUUUUCUCACUUCACUCCUGGCUGUGCACAGUCUCAAGAAGACCUCUACAAGCAGUCUGAACUCAAGUGUUUCCUCAUGUUUUAACAAGAACUGUGGGAAGUGAAUAUUCAGUCACCAGCCAAAUGCAAUGGCUGCUCUUUGCUUUGGCAAAAUAACAUGUUCUUGGUUGUUACAGUAUGUGUGGGCUGGUAAAAAGAGCAGACUCUCAUUAUGUUCUGUGAACAGCAUGGCUCUGGCCGUGCUAGGGAUUUAUAAGAGGCUACUAGCUGGUAGCGAAGACUUUAAUGUGCCUAAUAUCAGACACAUGCAAACACUGACAACCAUUUAUUUUCUUCAUGCAAUCUUCCCCCUCUCAUUGAGUGUUAACAGUACAAGAAGAAGAACAAAGUAACAUAACACUAUGAACCAGCUGAUUCCACCGUGCUCCACUGCAGUCGAGUGUGAGAAGCUGAGAGGAAUACAAUGGUUAACGUGUUGAACUCUUGAAAACAAGGACCCAGACGGUUCUUCUCUGGCAACAUCAGUGGGGUUAAAAUGAAUCUUUUCUCUUGGGUGGCUGUUCUCGUAUUUCCAACAGCUGAGUCACUCUAAGCUUUGAAUCUGGUUCAUUGUUGCUUUGUUGUGAAGGAAACAAUCAGUGCUGCAGCUUUUCUUCCUUAUCCACUUCCUCUACUCAUUACUUGGCUCAAAAUGAUCGAUUGACCUCCUACAGAUUUGGGAGAUAUCCUUGACUUGUCGGCAUGCCACACAAAUUUGCAUAUUUGCAGACAAACAACGUGGAUUUGGUUGAGAUUAGGUUUUAUGGAUGCCGGGUUGUUGGGAAUUAGACCUGGAGCCUCUGGAAGCAUGUCAUGUUAGAAGUUUUAAUAGCCAUAAAAGAUGCUCAUUAGGUGGCAAGCGAAAGAAAUUCUGUUACAGAUUUUCUGUCACAGAAGUAAUAGAAAGCAUUGAUCUGCAGUAGCGUGGACUUAAGUCUAGUUUAUGCUUCUACAUCAGCUCCACGAGAGAGAUGCACACGCAGUUGCUCUCAGACUUCUCCGAGUGUUGCAAAACAAUUCCCCGCCAGGACAACAGAGGGUGUAACACUGUUCUGGGGUAUCCUGUCAUGUAUCCGGUCCAAGAUAGUGCAUUUACUAUUGUGCUUAUAUUGUAUUUUUCCUCCAGUCACGGGUGAAUAAAACAUUUGUAUUUUUA